GCUCGUCAACACAACCGGCCAACUGUUAUCGUGCAACGAUGAAGGUACUCGUCAGCAUCGUCCUUUUGGCUAGCGUGGUUCUCGCUGAGCCACCGAGAUACCGCCAGCAAAAUCAGCAACAGAGACAGUAUUACUUCGCCCGGCAGCAGGAGGAGGCCGCACCUUAUCCCGCGUCUGGCUGGAAACCAGCAGGACCCGCCUUUGAUCUUCCUCAAAGACAACUUCAGCAAUAUGAAGCACCAAGCGCGCCCCAGCAACAAUAUGGAGCACCAAGCGCACCUCAACAACAAUACGGAGCGCCAAACGCGCCUCAGCAACAAUACGGAGCGCCAAACACGCCUCAACAACAAUAUGGAGCGCCAAGCGCGCCUCAACAACAAUACGGAGCGCCAAGCGCGCCUCGGCAACAAUACGGGGCACCAAGCACGUCUCGGCAACAGUACGGAGCACCAAGCGCGCCUCGGCAAUACGGAGCACCAUCUAAUCCUCAACGAGAAUACGGAGAACCGGAAGAGGCCACAACGACUGAGACUCCUAAUACUACCGAAGAGGAAGAAGUAUCUACCGUUCAGGGCAUCACUGAGUCUGAGUCCGAGCCCGUGAACGCGGUGAACGAGCUCGAGGACGAGGACGUCGAUGAGAAGCAGCCUCAACAAUCCGGAGAGUACUACGUAGCACUUCCCGACGGUCGUCUUCAGCGCGUGAAGUACAUUAGCCGCCAGGACGUCGAGGCCAUGAAGUACUUCGCCAAGAUUCGCGCCGAGAACGUGGAGCCUCUUCGCGGUCCGAUCUACGCGUACGCGCCCUUGCAGAAGUUGCAGGUUGUGCCAGCUGGUCUACAAUUGUCCGUCGCCCCGGUCGCACCCGCGGAUACCAAGCCGCAGAAACUCGAGAUCGAGCCCGUGGCCGCGCAGGUGCAGUACCAGUACGACAACCCUUCGCGCGUGAUACCCCUGAUCAACCCCCUAAACACUGCCUACACGGCAAAUUAUCAGGCGCCAGCAGCCGAUUCCCGAUUCCUCCUCACCUUCCAGUAAAUCAAACGCGACCACCCGAUACUACGACGUGACGACUCUUGCAAAUUGCAUUGUACAUGUUACAUAGAUUAUUAAAUAUAUACUGACAAUUAGGCUAAGCUGACGAUACGCAAUAAAGUUGAUAGUAACGAAAUGUC